GCCGUGGGCGCGCGCCUCGACGCGCUCGAGUCGUGGCCGCUGCCCGCGCUGCUCGUGCUGCCCUAUAUGUUCUACGUGGGCCUCUUCUUCGUCAACGUGCUCAUCCUCUACUACGCCUUCCUCAUGGAGUACAUCGUCCUCAACGUGGGCAUCGUCUUCCUGCCCGAGGACGUGGAGCAGGCGCUGCUGGAGCUGGGCGCGCUCUCCGAGCCGGGCUCCGUGCUCUACGACACGGACGGCGAGCUCGAGGCGCUCGACGGCUACCUGGAGUAA